UGUGUACUCUGAGAGCCAUGCUGGUACACCUUAGGGAUAUUGUAUGCUGGGAGACAGGCAGCUCAGUGGAUUUAAACAAAGGCAUAAUAAUGAUCCCUGGAACUGCAGAAUACAUGUUUCUGCUGCUUUAACACGCGUCAAGGUAAAAAAGGAAAUACAUGUGACAUGAUGGUACAGAACCAUGUGAUAUAUGCUUCUGUCCCUGGUAGGAUGUUUUGUCAGCCUUAAGCACGGUAGAGCAUCAUGGGAGUUGUAGUUAAACAAUAUUUGGGGAGAACUGUCCUAGGGGCAAUAAUGGGUAACAUUUAGCACUAAAUCUCUCUUGAUGCCAGCCUAAUGAAAAUUAAAUUUUUCAAACGUCUUCUAAGCAGGUUUUAGUUAUCAAAAUUAAAUUGAAAUAGGUAUUUAGUGAAAAAAAAAAGCAUAAUCAACUUCUGUGAGUGGUAGACAGGUCCUGGCUUUGCAAAUAUAAAUGCAGCCGAAAUGGACUGCUAGAAAAAAAACAGGGAAUUGACAUGUGCAUUAUCAAUGUAAUUCUUAAGCUUAUGGAUAAUAAAUCAAAUUGUCUCACACUCCAAUGCCCGAAUCAAAUUUCCUGUUUAAAGGGAUACUGUAUGGACCAAAACAAUGUUAGCCGAAAGGAACACUCCAAUGCCCAAAUAAAAAAAAAAAAAUGAAAUACAAAUUGCUCUUUAGUAGAUAUAUCCCCAAUGGAAGCCUGUAUGCCUUUAAAGGACCACUCUAGGCACCCAGACCACUUCAGCUUAAAGGACCACUAUAGUGCCAGGAAAAAAUACUAGUUUUCCUGGCACUAUAGUGCCCUGAGUGUGCCCCCACCCUCAGGGUCCUCUUCCCGCCCGGCUCUGGGGAGAGAAAAGCGGUAAAACUUACCUUUUUUCCAGCGCCGGGUGGGGAGCUCUCCUCCCAUUCGGCUGAAAGCACACGCGCGGCAAGAGCUGCGCGCGCAUUCAGCCGGUCUCAUAGGAAAGCAUUCAUAAUGCUUUCCUAUGGACGUUUGCGUCUUCUCACUGUGAUUUUCACAGUGAGAAUCACGCAAGCGCCUCUAGCGGCUGUCAAUGAGACAGCCACUAGAGGAUUUGGAGGAUGGAUUAACCCAUUUAUAAACAUAGCAGUUUCUCUGAAACUGCUAUGUUUAUAAAAAAAAAAAAGGGUUAAUCCUAGAGGGACCUGGCACCCACACCACUUCAUUAAGCUGAAGUGGCCUGGGUGCCUAGAGUGGUCCUUUAAUGAAGUGGUCUGGGUGCCUGGUCCAGCUAGGGUUACCCAUUUUUUUUAUAAACAUGUUUAUAAAUGGGUUAAUCCAGCCCUCAAAGCCUCUAGUGGCUGUCUCACUGACAGCCGCUAGAGGCGCUUGCGUGCUUCUCACUGUGAUUUUCACAGUGAGAACACGCAAGCGUCCAUAGGAAAGCAUUCUAAAUGCUUUCCUAUGAGAGAAUGCGCGCGCAGCUCCUGCUGCGCAUGCGCAUUCAGCCCAGGAGGAGGAGAGCUCCCCGCCUGGCGCUGGAGAAAGUUAAGAUUUAACCCCUUUCCUCUCCCCAGAGCCCUGAGGAUGGGGGCACCCUCAGGGCACUAUAGUGCCAGGAAAAAGAGUAUGUUUUCCUGGCACUAUAGUGGUCCUUUAAUUAUGCAUUUUUCAUUGUGGAUAUAUCCAAGAACAGUUUGCAAAAGCUACAGAUCUUUUAACUGUAUCCUUUGCAAGUCCUUGCCUUCUAACCCAGCCCGCACUAUCUGUGGCUGUCCAAUUGCAGGCUUCAUAAUGCAGCUCAAUGAGAAGUUUUUACAAGGCAGGUGCUUUGCGCAAUUGCCCACCUCUUGAGUUUAGCUCCACUGAGUGGAACAUUCAGUAGCAGGACUGGUUGUUGUUUUGGUGUAUAGAUCAUGUCCCUGCAGUCUCACGGAUUCAUCCUCUGCUAUUUAGGAGUUACAUCAAUUGUGUUUAUGCUGCCCUAGCCCCACCUUCCCUGGCUUUGAGUAACACAGCUUUCAUGAAAAAAUGCUUGCAGAUCUUUCUUACUUUAGAUGUUUUUAUUUCCUGCGCUACUAAUCAAACUUGAAUCACACACAUGAGACACUAGCAGGCUAUUAAAGGGACACUAUAGUCACCUGAACAACUUUAGCUUAAUGAAGCAGUUUUGGUGUAUAGAACAUGCCCCUGCAGCCUCACUGCUCAAUCCUCUGCCAUUUACGAGUUAAAUCCCUUUGUUUAUGAAUCCUAGUCACACCUCCCUGCAUGUGACUUGCACAGCCUUCCAUAAACACUUCCUGUAAAGAGAGCCCUAUUUAGGCUUAUUUAUUGCAAGUUCUGUUUAAUUAAGAUUUUCUUAUCCCCUGCUAUGUUAAUAGCUUGCUAGACAUUUCAAGAGCCUCCUGUACGUGAUUAAAGUUCAGUUUAGAGACUGAGAUACAAUUAUUUAACCCCUUAACCCCUUAAGGACGGAGCCAAAUGUACACAUUGUGAACAAAACAAAAUGUAAACAAAACCUGGCAUUUGCGCUACAUGUCUGUCCAACCGUAAUACACCUCUUUCAUAGUAAAUGCACCCACCCUUAUUAUAUAUCAUUUUAUUCAGGGGAAACAGGGCUUUCAUUUAAUAUCAAAUAUUUAGCUAUGAAACAUAAUUUAAUAUGAAAAAAAUGGGAGAAAAUACGAUUUUUUUGAUUUUUUUAGUUCUACAUGACAUUUUAAAGGUCAGUGUCAUAAUACUGUUUGCUUUUACUGCAAUAAAAUACACAUAUUUGUAUUCAGUAAAGUCUCACGUGUAAGACAGUACCCCCUAUGUACAGGUUUUAUGGCGUUUUGGGAAGUUACAGGGUCAAAUAUAGCACGUUACAUUUGAAAUUGAAAUUCGCCAGAUUGGUUACGUUGCCUUUGAGACUGUAUAGUAGCCCGGGAAUGAAAUUUACACCCAUAAUGGCAUACCAUUUGCAAUAGUAGACAACCCAAGGUAUUGCAAAUGGGGUAUGUCCAGUCUUUUUUAGUAGCCAUUUGGUCACAAACACUGGCCAAAGUUAGCGUUAGUAUUUGUUUGUGUGUGAAAAAUGCAAAAAACGCCAAUUUUGGCCAGUGUUUGUGACUAAGUGGCUACUAAAAAGACUGGACAUACCCUGUUUGCAAUACCUUUGGUUGUCUACUAUUGCAAAUGGUAUGCCAUCAUAGGGGUAAUUUUCAUUCUUGGGCUACCAUAGGGUCUCAAAGGCAACGUAACCAAUCUGGCGAAUAAUUUAAUGUGAAAAAAAUGAAACGCAAGCCUUAUAUUUGACGCUGUAACUUUUGAAAACACCAUAAAACCUGUACAUGAGGGGUACUGUUGUACUCGGGAGACUUCGCUGAACACAAAUAUUUGUGUUUCAAAACAGUAAAAAGUAUCACAGCAAUAAUAUUGUCCGUGUAAUGCUGUUUGUGCGUGAAAAAUGCAAAAAACGUCACUUUUACUGGCGAUAUCAUCGCUGUAAUACAUUUUACUGUUUUGAAACACUAAUAUUUGUGUUCAGCGAAGUCUCCCGAGUAGAACAGUACCCCCCAUGUACAGGUUUUAUGGUGUCUUGGAAAGUUAUAGGGUUAAAUAUAGUGCUAGCAAAUUAAAUUCCCUUUACUUUCGGCAUGGGUUGUCAGGCAGGUCCUGCUAAUUGUAAUUAAUUAAGAUACCUAAUUAUGUAAAAAUAUUACAUAAAUAUAUAUGUAGAAUUAAUAUAUGUAUAUAUAUACGUAUGUGUAUAUAUAUGUAUAUAUCUAUAUAAUUUUUUUAAAAUAUUUUUAUUUAUAUAUAGGUAUAUAUAUAGUGAUAUAUACGUAUAUAUUUAUGUAUAUAGAUAUAUAUAUUAUUUCGUUCUACGUGUAUUUUGAUAUAUAUAUAUAUAUAUAUAAUUUCACAAUACAGUUAGAACGAAAUAACACACAUCUAUAUAUUUUUUAAUUAUUUAUUUUUAAUUAUUUUUUUUUUAUUUUUUUAACGUAUUUACAUUUUUAUUUUUUAUAUUUAUAUAUAAAAUAUAUAUAUAACAAUAAUUAUAUAUAUAUUUAAUCAGUAUCAGUCUACGUGUAAUUUGAUAUUAAUAUAUAUAUAUAUUAUUAGUAAAAUACACCUAGACGGUGUAUGUGUGUGUAUAUAUAUAUAUUAGAUCAUAUAUAUAUAAUAUAUAUAUAUGAUCUAAGUAUAUAUAAUAUUUUUUUUUACACCAUUAACUUAUUUUUACUUUUAUUUUCAGCCAGCAGGGGGACCACCUGUCAUUACAGGCAGCCCCCCUGCCGGCAAUACAGAAGCCAGCUAUCCCCGGCCAUGUGAUUGUGGGGUCCUCGCUAGGACCCCACUCUCACAUGGCCGGGGGGCUUCAACGAGGACGGAUGUGCCGCGGGGGGCUCCCUGGGAGUCCCCCCAACCGGUAAGUUGGAAACUCCGGAGGGCGCAUAAUUACGCCCGGCGGCGAGAGCCGCUUCUAUUAGAGGGCGUUAAUUGUAUCGCCCGUUUUAGGUUAAGGACUGGACUGUUUUAUGAUGUUGUACAUUUGGCGACCAGGAAUAUUUUUACACUUUUGUGGUGUGUUUGUGUUUGGCUGUAAUUUUCGCUUUCAUUUACUGUUCCCAUACAAAUUAUAUAUUGUUUUUCAGGACAAAAGGGGCUUUCUUUACAUACCAUUAUUUAUAUAAUCUCAUGUAUUUUAAUUUAAAAAAUAAAAAAUCUGAUGAAAAAUUGAAAAAAAUACAUGUUUUUUGACUUUUACUUGAAAAAUCUUUUACUCAUCUACAAAAGCGAAUGAAAAAAACUGCUAAAUAGAUUCAAAAUUUUGUCCUGGGUUUAAAAAUACCUAGUGUUUACGUGCUUUUUUGCUUUUUUUUGCAUGUUAUAGGGCUAUAGGUACAAGUAGGAUAUUGCGGUUUCAAAACAUACAUUUUUAAAAUUUAUCAAUAGUGACAUUGUAACACUAUUAUCUGUCAUAAAUUUCUGAAUAACACCCCACAUGUACAUAUUUUUUUUAAAGUAGACAGCCCAGGGUAUUCAAUAUGGGGUAUGUCCAGUCUUUUUUAGUAGCCACUUAGUCGAAAACACUGGCCAAAGUAAGCAUUCAUAUUUGUUUGUGUGUGAAAAAAGUAAAAAAACUAAAUUGAACGCUAAUUUUGGCCAGUGUUUGUGACCAAGUAGUUACUAAAAAAGACUGGACAUACCCCAUUUGCAAUACCUUGGGUUGUCUUCUUUUGCAAAUGGUAUGCCAUCAUGGGGUAAUUCUCAUUCCUGGGCUACCAUACGCUCUCAAAGGCAACGUAACCAACCUGGCCAUUUUCAAUGUAAAAAUAUUUGACCCAUAUAUUUGACCUUGUAACUUUCAAAAAUGCUAUAAAACCUGUACAUGGGGGGUACUGUUUUACUCGGGAGACAUCGCUGAACACAAAUAUUAGUGUUUAAAAACUGGAAAACGUAUCACAACAAUUAUAUCAUCAGUAAAAGUGCUGUUUGUGUGUGAAAAAUGCAAAAAAAGUAACUUUCACUGACAAUAUCAUCGCUGUGAUAUGUUUUACUGUUGUGAAUCACUAAUAUUUGUGUUCAGCGAAGUCUCCCGAGUAAAACAGUACCCCCCAUGUACAGGUUUUAGGGUGUCGUAGAACGUUACAGGGUAAAAUACAGUGCUAGCAAAUUCAAUUCUCUGGAAUUUCGGCCUGGGUUGGCAGGCAGGUCCCUCAAAUUGCAAUCAAUAAAAUUACUGAAUUAUGUAAAAAUAUUACAUAAAUACGCACGUAGAAUUUAAAUAUAUAUGCAUAUUUAUAUAUUUGAAGUCUACAUGUAUAUUUAUAUAAUUAUUUAUGUAAUUUUGUAUAUGGACGUAUGUAUAUUUCUUAUUAUUUUUAUUUAUUUUUAUAUACAUAGAUAUAUAUACAAAUUCAUUCUAAGUGUAUUUUGAUAUAAAUAUAUAUAUAUUAUUUUAAAAUACAGUUAGAAUAAAAUUUCAUAUAGAUAUAUAAUUUUUUUUUAAUUUUUAUUAUUAUUUAAAAAAAAUUUUAUUUAAUUUAAAUUACUUAUUAUUUAUAUUUUAUAAUAAUAUAUAUAUACAAUAUAUAUAGUUAUUAUAUAUAUUAUAUAUAUACGUGUGUAAUUUAAUUAUAAGUGUAUUUUUAUAUUAAUAUAAGUACAUAUUAAUAUAAAAUACACUUAGUAUGACAUUAUAUAUAUGAUAUAUAGACAUAUAUUAUAUAGAUAUAAUAUAUGUCUAUAUAUCAUAUAUACACAUAUAUAAUUAUUAUUAUUUUUUUUAAUUAACACUAACUUUAUUUUUUUUCUGAUUUUACACAAGCAGGGAGACUGCCUGUCAGCACAGACAGUCCCCCUGCAGGCAGACACAUGGACACCUAUUGUGACCAUGUGAUCGCUGUGUUAAGCGAUCACAUGGCCACAGGGGUCCUAAUCUGCCGUGGGGAGACUGCCUGGGCUGCAGGCAGUCUCCCCAGAAACCGGAGGAACACUGAUCGCCGCCGGGGGAACGACGGCGAUCAGGUAAGUACCCCCAGACCGUUAGGACGGUUCAGGACCGUCAUCGGUCGGCAAGGCAAAAAUGCCGAUGACGGUCCUGAACCGUCCUCGGUCCUUAAGGGGUUAAGGUAAAUUACAUCUGCUUGAAAGUGAAACCAGUUUUUUUUCAUGCAGGCUCUGUCAAUCAUAGCCAGGGGAGGUGUGGCUAGGGCUGCAUAAACAGAAACAAAGUGAUUUAACUCCUAGAUGACAGUGAAUUGAGCAGUGAAAUUGCAGGGAAAUGAUCUAUACUCUAAAACUGCUUUAUUUAGCUAAAGUAAUUUAGGUGACUAUAGUGUUCCUUUAACAGAGCAGGAAAUAAGAAAUUCUACACUAAACAGAUUGUAAAUUUAAAGGAAGUGUUAGCAUUACAUCUCUCUUUACAGGAAUUGUGUGGAGAGACUAUGUAGAUCACAUGCAGGGGAGGUGUGACUAUGGCUGCAUAAACAAUUGAUUUAAAGGGACACUCCAGUCUGGCACUGCAGGUACCCUCGCCCUCCCACCACCCAUCCCAUGUUGCUGAAGGGGUGAAAACCCCUUCAGUGACUUACCUGAGACCCCGCUGAUGUCCCUCGGCGGUGGUUUCGCGUCCGCCCACGCUCCUCCCUAGCCAACAUCAUCCGGCGGAUGAGACCGAACGCGCAUGCGCAGCCGCCGGCUGGGGAGACCUAAUGCACAUGCGCAAUGCUUUCAUAUGGGGAAUUGAGCAACGCUGGAGAAAACCUGUGCUAGAAACCAGGAAGUGCCCUCUAGUGGCUGUCUAGUAGACAGCCACUAGAGGAGGAGUUAACCCUGCAAUGUAAUUAUUGCAGUUUAUGAAAACUGCAAUAUUUACAGCUGCAGGGUUAAGGGUAGUGGGAGUUGGCACCCAGACCACUCCAAUGGGCAGAAGUGGUCUGGUGCCUGGAGUGUCCCUUUAACUCCUAAAUAGCAGUGAAUAGAGCAAUGAGAUUACAGGGGCAUGAUGUAUAUACCAAAACUGCUUCAUUACGCUAAAGUUGUUUUGGUGCCUAUAGUAUCCCUUUAAUGUUUCUCUGUGUCCUAAAAUAGUACAUUGUCCUAAAAUUACCUUGCGUGAAACUCGCAAUGAUAAUGUUAAGCUCUUUUAAAAUAUAAUAAUAUUAUCCUGGAGCUGAGAACCACCUGAAUUCAAUAAUUAAAUCGGUAGAAACUGAUUGUUUAACUGGGAUUUUUCCUAGUUAUAACAUUAUAAAGGUUGUGCAGAAUAUAUAAACAUAAAUUCAGUGUGUAAAACAUGUGCGUAGAACAUCAUUUCCAGCAGUUGUGUUUGAAAUUAGUAUUUCUUUUCAUAUUUUACAUUUUUAUAUUUUUCUUUUUCAGAUCUCAUCUCAUUGAUUGUCAGCAUGGGUGUUCAGGGACUUACAAGCUUUUUAGGGUCUAACAUACAUCUGUUAACUGAUCUGAAGUUGAGAAGCACUAAACUAGUUAUCGACGGUAAUAAUCUUUACCACAAAUUGUACUUAGAUUCUGGCUUGGAACAAGUACAUGGUGGUAAUUAUGAUUCCUUCACUAAUCUUAUAUACAAAUUCUUUGAAAGUUUGUCGAGGUGUGAAAUUAAUGCGUAUGUUGUGUUUGAUGGUGGAUGUGACAUAUCGGACAAAAAGCUUGAGACACAAAAGCAACGGAUGAAGGAGAGGAUCAGAAAGGCUCAAAGUCUCUCUAAAGGGGAAAGUGGCCAGGUACUGCCCCUGAUGGUGAGGGAUGUUUUCAUAAAGGUCUUGACAAAGCUGCAAGUGAACUUUGUUCAGUGUUUCUCUGAAGCUGACCAAGAUAUAGCAGCAUUGGCCAAUGUGUUGGAUUGUCCUGUACUGACCUUAGAUAGUGAUUUCUGUAUUUUUGACUUGAAUGCUGGUUACUGCCCAUUUUCUUACUUUCAGUGGAGGAAUAUCAACCCUUCGACCAGUGAAAAUGAUUCUUAUAUACCAGCAAAAUGUUUCUCAGCGAAGUAUUUUUGUAAUUACUUUAAUAUAAACAUGUCUUUGCUUCCUCUUUUUGCUACGCUAGCUGGGAAUGAUUACAUGAAUACCACAGCUUUGGAGAAGAUUUUUAGCAAAAUACAUUCAUGUAUAGGCAGCCGGAAAUAUAGUGGGAAAAAACAUGGACACAUUCAUUAUCUGUUAGACUGGCUGCCUGCUUUUGCCAGUGCAGAGGAAGCUAUAAUUUAUGUGAUGAAUAAGCUUCGGGAACAGGAUCGUGAUGCAGUCCGUGAAUUCCUGACAUUAGCCAUGGCAGAUUAUGAUUUGCAUGAUGUCCAAAACCUCGCAUGUUUUUUCAACAAAGGUUCUUAUUUCUCCUCAACCGCAAUCAAGCUGAACUUGCCAGAUUGGGUUCAAAUUGCCUUAGCAAAAGGACUGCUGGCACCGAUGAUUAGUGAUGUUCUACUGCUUAGGAGGACAUUUCUUCAUGUUCAAGUUGAAGAUAUGAGGCGGGCAUCUGCUCACAUGAUAACACAACCAAUCCGCCAGGUUAUGUAUGGGCUGAUUUUGAACUUCUACCAUGAUAGCAUAGCCAGUCAUGAAACACAGCAGUCUGGAAAAUUCUACAUAGAGGAGUUUGAUAGGCUAGAAAACCAUUUGAGGAAAACAAGUGUUGAAGCAAUUAUCAUGUCAAGAGAAUUUAGUGAAGAUCUCUCAUUGCAGAAACUACCAGAGGUAAGCCAACAGUGGAGCCAUUAUUAUAUACAUGCUGUAAAGGGAUAUGCAAGAUAGGGCCAAUAUUUUAUGACCUUGUCUUCUUCCUCCUGUACCUAUCCUCUUCUUUUGUAUUGUAUUCUUGUCUAUUCUUUACCUCUCCUAGACUUUGCCUCUGUUUCUUCUCUUAGAAUUUCCUAGGACAGGCAUAGACAACCUUUGGCACUGUGGAUGUCUUGGACUACAUCUUCCAUGAUGCUUUGCCAGCAUUAUGGGUGUAAGAGCAUUAUGGGGAUGUAGACCACAACAUCUGGAGUGCCAAAGGUUGCCUAUCCCUGUCCUAGCAUAAAGAAGCAGGAUUUGUAUUGUUUAUGCACUAAUGCAAUAACAGAUAGUAUGACAUGCUUCUUUUGCCUUAGAAUUAGGUGGUUUGUGAAGCUUUUAUAUGUUAUAAGGUUCCCCCAGCAUUUUAGAACGCUUCAUUAAGGUAACAUUAAAAUGAGUAUUCGACUGUUGGGGUUGAAAGAGACACUAUAGGCACCUAAACCACUUCAUCUCGUUGAAGUGGUCUGGGUGCAGUGUCUGUCCCCAUAGACUUGCAACUGCAAACAUUGCAGUUUUAGAGAAAUUUCAAUACUUAUAUUGCAGGGUUAGACUGCCUACCAGGACUUCCUGCUGUUUCACAGAGUUUGACUCCAUGAAAUGAUGUCCUCACGCUUUUCAUGAGGACAAUUACAUGAUUUUGCUAUUACAUGACGAAAAGUCAUGAUUUUAUUAAAUACACGGAGGCGAGUAUUGCAUACCCCUUUCUUUACUGUCCACCAAUAGCAGCAAAGAAUACAAACAGAAUGAAAAAUAAUGAACAUACAGUAACAUAGGCCCCUCCCCGCUCAGGUCCCAGUAUAAUAGGCAGCACUUCCCUUCCAUUUCCCUCUUUCUGAAGAUGCGACCAAGGUAAAAAAUGUCCAAACCAGGAAUUGUGAGAAAAAGGUCCCCAGGUUACAACUUAUAACUGAAGAGGGUAGAACAUCAACAACUGGGAAGCUUGACCAUAGGAUUCAUAGGACCACCGGAUAACAGCGGGGGGAGUCCUCCUAAGCUGGAUGACUGCUUGCCUUCUUGUCGAAUUAAGCUGUGAAAACAUAAAGUAACAGGAGCCGACAGGUUAAAAUCGAUACUUGCAACUAGUUUCAAGGUUAAACGGGUGAGAAAUAACCCACAUAUGCACAGUCCCACAAAAAGAGUGAUUUACCAUUACGUUACAUAAACCUCAUUCUCGCAGUAUGGCCCCACUUACCAUACAAAAACCAUUCGAUGUGGUGUAUUGUAGUGUGUAUUAACCUGGGAGGGAAAAAUUAUUAUAACUGUGUAAGAAUAAGAAGGGUGUGACAAUACUCGCCUCCGUGUCUUUAAUAAAAUCAUGACUUUUCGUCAUGUAAUAGCAAAAUCAUGUAAUUUUUUAACAAGGCUCAUAUUGCAAGUUUAAAGCUGAUCCAUUACCACAGAGAAUGUAUGUGGGGCCGGGCGAAAGUAAAACUCCCGGAAUGUAGACUCCCUUGACCAGUCGGCCGUCCUCAUAAUGUCCUCCAGGCGCGCACCUGCAGUCAUCAUCGAAGAGGCUGAGGUCCCCCCCGGACUGAAUGGGCGCCAAAGACCGUGGUAUCAAUACCUGCCUGGGACAACAGCCAUUUCACCCAUCGUGACAAGGUUGUGCUAGAAACCGGGUGGAAAAGGGGGCGAAAUGAUAAGAAUAACUGUGGAGAGGUGGCGGAGCGAUGGGAGUUGGUGCGAGUUUUGUGUUCGCGUAGGCAAGCCACUGGACACAGUGACGGAGAGGUAGGGAAACUAGGGUAGGAUACCGAUUUGAUAGAAGUCUUAGUCCGCCGGCUGAAUGUGACCCCGGCAUGACCUGGAUAUAUGACCUGGCAUCGAAAUCCAGGGCUCUGACGUCCGAGACCCUCUUGCAUGAGACGAGGCAGAGCAGGCAAACCAAUUUGGCAGAUAGCUGUUUUAGGGAGAGCCCUGAGUUAGAGGGCCAGGAUAAGAAGAAAGCCAACACAAUGGAGACGUCCCAGGUCGUGGAAUAGCGAGGCCUGGGUGGUCGUGAGAAUCGAGAACCCUUGAGGAGUCGGCACACUAAGGGGUGCUGUCCCGCGGGGCAUCCAUCGAAGCCUUGGUGAAUCGCCGAGAUGGCAGACCGGUAAAGGUUGAUAGUCCUGUAAGCCUUUCCAGCCUCGAAGAGGGACGUCGGAAAUUGCAGGAUCACUGUUACAGAGGCCGAAAGGGGAUCCGCGUUCCAGCCAUGCACCAGCCAGCCCAUGCUCGCCAAGCUGACCCAUAUGCCCGUCUGGGAAUCUGAGGAACUUCUUGAAGCGUUGAGUACCCUAUGUUACCCUGAACACUGGAGUUGCUAUGAGGGUCAGAUCUGUUUAUUGCACAAUACCAAAACACAUUGGGAUCUAUUGCAAUAAAGGUAACCCACAAACUUGACUCUGCAUUAACUCUUUCUCCAUUCCUUGUGGUUUUCAGCUUUCAGACAUAUAGAUUAUCUGCUGUUUUAUGUGGUUUGGAUUUGUUACUUUACAAAGUGUAGUCUCAAUAUACCAUCUAAAUAGGGUCAGAUAUUCUUCAUCACAGAUUACAUGGAUUCAUGUUAAACAGUUUUGUCCCUCUGGUCUAGAGAGCUAAAUGUUUUUCAGAAACCACUGUGCAGAACUGAGCAGUGCUUUAACCCCUUAAGGACCAAACUUCUGGAAUAAAAGGGAAUCAUGACAUGUCACACGUCAUGUGUCCUUAAGGGGUUAAUAGAAGUACAUCUACUGCUCACCACAUAUUCAUCAUUGGAAGGGGGAGAUUAAGAGCUUUUACAACAGUAUGCAUCUGACAUUCACUUGUGCUGGUGCUUUUUUUCUUUUGGAGUGAAUGCAAAUAUAAUGUUAAUCAUUUCUUCUUAGGUCUCUUUGGAAACUCGUUUAUCGAUGUUUGUGGUCACCUUUGGUGUGAAGAUGAGCACACUAGAAUCUGUGCCCCCUGCUCAUCGCCUUACAAUUGCCACCACCUGUUACUGGGUUGCUAAUUCCAGUUCCAAAGUGAGGCAGCACCACUUGAAGGCACUAGUAAUGGGACUUGUAUAUGGAGAGGCAUGUGAAAUGAUGACUAAACCAGGUUUGUAUGCAAAACCAAAUUUAAGCAAUGCUAAGCUCUUACGAUUUCAUAGAAAUGUUUCUCUUCUUGUAACUGGCCCAAAGUAGAACUGUUAACAAAAUGAAUUUUGGAGAGAAGGCUAAUUAUUCAGAAGCAUAUGGGGAAUUUUGUCCUAUAACAUUAUUUUAAACAAUAAGGAUUACAGGGUAUUCACAAAGAAAUAGAGUGGUGCAAAACUCUUGAUACAUGUAUCCGGCCUAGAGAUUGGACUACACUGCGACAAAUGAAAAUGCAUCAACAUGAAAAGUAAAUUUUAGCUUGCCAGCAAUAUGAUUAAAGUGGUGAGUGAUUCUUAGUAAAUCCAGCAAAAUGUUUACAGUGAUUGAUUUUCAGUAAACCUUAAAGGACCUAUUAUCAGCAACAGGUAUGGAUAAUACUAAUUCAGCUAAGGUGAAUAUUUAAAUUCCAUAAGCACUUCCUACUAACAUAAUCAGCAGCAACUAUACAGACUUAGAGAUCAUACUUACAUACCUACCUAGGACUUGGAACUUGGUCACACCAGUUGUAUGCAUGGAGCAUAAGUUGAUAUGGUGCGUGCAGUAUCCCUGUAACGGGUUAAUUCAAGCAUUUUAACCAGUACAGUUACCACUAUAACUACUACCGCUGUUGUGUUUAUGAAGCUAGGAGUACCCUGACACGUGGUAAAGAGGCAAACCAUUUAGCAACGAUUUACCUCUUACCCUGUUUAGCUCUAAAACAGUAUUUAAAACAUCCUGAUUUUACAGAACUGCAGAAGUCGAAUGCCAUUUAUUGGCCAGCACUAUACAUGGAACGUUACACAGAAUUGACAUUAGCCAUCCAGGAACUCUUGUUCCUUAAUGAUGCUGCUAGAGGUGGAGUUACACCUCUGGAAGUAAAGAGGUUAAUCUCUGUGCAGCUUUUCAUAGCAAAACCUUGCACAUACAGACACUAGCAAACAUGACCACUUCAAAUCACUGAAGUGGUCAUGGUGUUUAGAGAAGCCCUUUAAAGUGAAAUAACAUUCUUUUGCUUUAUAGAGUUACUCCAACAAAAAAACAUGAUGUGCUUGUUGAUGACGGUUGCCUUUAAUACACAGAUUUAGCAUUCUGGGUUGCUUAUGACUCGACAAGAGGUAUCAAAUCACUGAAGUGGUCAUGGUGCUUGGUGUAAACUUUCAAUAUCCUUUCAGUUCAGUUUUGUCUUUCACUACGGUGUCUGGUUAUUUCAUGAACUACAAUAUACUGAUUAGUACAAUAACAGAUUUGCAAUACAUCGGAAUCUUCUAAUUAUUUUUGUUUCUAAUUCAGAGUUGCAUGGUGAGGACAUACGACUAGUGUAUGAGAAAUUGAGAAACCUCAAGAAAGGACAACAAUGUGGACGACGUCGUCAUGGACAUGAAGCUGGUCCCAAUGUAGAAGAUCUUCAUAUAUUCUGCCAGUGGCAAUGCUGCUUCCAGACCGGCCUGCAUUUUAAUCAACUCCUGUGUACACCACUGCAAGAACCUGAUAUAACCAGGUGUGGGAAAAUGCUUUUUAUGUUAUUUGUAUUAUUAACUUAAUUACGCUUAUGGUCUUAUAAUAUCCAUUGUCUUGCUUUGUGGUGAACUCUGACAAUAACCAAAUUUGGAUAAUUUGAUUAAAGGAACAAUCUAGAAAUAACCAUUUUUAAAAUGUAUUAUAUGUAAAGGUCAUUCAGCAUUACACAAAAUCAACCAUUCUAAAAUAGUGAGAUUAAAAAAAAGAUACAUUUAAAGUUCAUGACUUUUGCAAGAAAUCUUCAGGUUUCGGAUCAUUACCUUUCUAGUAACUUAAACCAGGGAUACCGAGAAUGGAGAUCCUACGCUUUUCAUAUAACUAUGGUUGUCGUAUAGUUGGUACUACUAUCAAUUGAAGGUUGCAAUUACCAAAAAUAAACUCACUUAAUGUCAUAAGGACUCUGUAUAAAUAAUGAUUAUAAAUGACCGUUCAAAGCGACCAUAGGGGCACAUUGACCACUUUACUGAUUUGAAGUGGUCACGCUGACUGGAGUCUGUAUGUGCAGUUCCUGCUAUCAAAAUCUGUAUGUGCAGCGUUAGUGUCUGACAGCAUCAUUGGGCGAUAUUAGCCAGCCCGGAGCUAGAGUUCAAGGCUGACGUUGGCCAGUUUUGUGCAUAAUUUUAGGCACAUAAUGCCAUUCAUUUGCUGAGAGCACCCAGCUUAUGCUCUUGGGCAAUAAAUUAAACUGUUGUUAUUCCUGCCUCAAGGAGGCCCAGUGGGGAUCCAGGUAUCACGGAAAACCAUCAUAGAAUAGUUUGCCCCAUUACCAAAGAAUAUGACCAGGCUACUUCUACCAUCAUAACACUACAGCGAGCUGGCUAUAAGGCUUAUAAUGCUUGGAGUAACUGUUAUACAUUUUUUAAAAUGCUUUAAAAACCUAUUUUUUCCAAACUGUGGGAUUGUGAUAGAAAUACUGUUGUUAAAGUAUAUACCUAAUCCUCUUCCGAUUUCCUGCAAUUAAUCAAUAAUGAAUCAUGUGAUGUUGGCAUAGAAUACCUGUGCUACUUAAUGCAUUCAAAGAUAGAUUAUCUACUAAAUGUAUUUGUUGUAUAUUAUAGUUUGUAGACGCUAAGGUACUAGAAUUGUUAAUUGGAUGGCAUUGUAAGAGGAAACACCACCUGUUUUGUUUAAGUUCAUUUCUUCUUUAUUCGCCUUAAUAAACAUUUAUGAAGCGUGUGGCGAUGGUAAGUACAAGGAUGAUACUUCUGUAAUAACAUUAUACAGUGUUAAGUGGCAGCAUCAUCUUCUUAUGUGUUUGAAGCCAUGGGGCACAUACAAUGCUUUGCACACUAUUUAAAACUGGCAAGCAUUUAAAUAAGGAUAAAUCUAAUUCUCUCGUGAAACAUGACUUAUUGUUGCUACGAUGGCCCAGAAACACUUCUGAUCCACCCAGUUGUUGGUUUGAUUUUCAUUUAUAUCGUUUUGCAUUUUAUAACUGUUUGGUUUACAAAGUAUUUCAUCCUAAUUCCAAUCUGUGUUUUUCUUGAUCAGGAUCUACAAUGGACCUCUUGUUCACCAACUGUGCCAUAAACUGAAAACAUUAUCUUCAACAGAAGACCUGUUUAAUUCUUCCCCUAUACUGGACAAACUGUACCGCAGCUUGAUACAAGCUGCUAUGUCGUCUUUACCUCCAGAUCAUUUUCAGAGCAAAUCUAAAUCAAAGUCAGGCAAACCUAAGAAGGCAAAAACAGCAGGCAAACCUGCAGAGAAUACCAGUGGAAGAACACAAACAGGCAGCCAGUCCAAUAUUAAUGUUGGCAAUAGAUUUGCAAGUUUGUAUGUGGAUGAGUUAGCUUAACUUUAACUGGACAGUGAUGGAGCUGUCUACAGUAAUGUGCAGAUACUUGCUUUUUCAGUGUUGACUGCAUUGAUCAUUAGAAAGGCUAAUUAAUGUAAUUUUUAUUCUAAAGACAACAUAUUCUGUAGUCCCAUAUAUCACUAACUGAGAUGUCCCAUUAUAGACAUUCACAAUUAAAUUUCCAUAAUUGUUUCCCAGCAAUUAGACACCCAAAAUUCAAUGAAUCACUCUACCUGAGAUCAAUUAUAAUUUAUUGUCAGACAUUAAUACAAGCAGAUUUCUGUUUUAGCAUACACAAAUAGAAGCCAUGCACUUAAGUGCCCACUAUUGUUAGCAUAGGAAUCCUUAAGAAGUUUCCCUUGCUUUGUUUAUAUAUUUUCAAUAAAGAGAUGUUAGUCCGUUUUAUCGGAUACUGUCCAUAUCUAUCGGCCCAAACCAUCACCUUCCACCAUGCUUAAAUGAGAUGGAGAGCUAUGGAUAAUGUAUAGGUCCUUUAUUUUUCAUACCCUCCCUUCCUUAAAGGAUCACUAUAGUGUCAGGAAAACAAAUCGGUUAAAACCCCUUCAGUUACUCACCUUCUUCCACCGCCAGGCUCCCUUACCUCUCCUCCCACGCCGUCAGCUCCCCCGCCUGACGUCAGCGGAGCAGAAUGCGCGGCAGUCCUGCGCGCAUAUUCAAAGUGUCCAUAGGAAAGCAUUUUUCAAUGUUUUCAUAUGGACGCUCUGCGUGAUGGAGGCAUUAAAUGCCUCCAGCGUCGCAGAUGCGCCUCUAGUGGCUGUCCGGAAGACAGCCACUGGAGGCUGGCUUAACCCCAAAUGUAAACAUAGCAGUUUCUCUGAAACUGCUAUGUUUACAUCAGGCAGGGUUAACCGUAGAGUGACCUGACACCCAGACCACUUUAUUGAGCUGACGUGGUCUUGGUGACUAUAGUGUCCGUUUAAUUUGUGCACAUUUAUUUUUUUCAUAAGAUUGUGUUCCAUAAUGUACAUAUUUUUAAUGUCUUUGUUAGCAAACAUGAAAACAGUUUUUGAGCUUUUCAAUGGUUGUUGAUCUUUUAUGAUACGCCUGCUCUUGAGUUACAUUCAUGCUAUGGUCCUUUUGUGCCUACAUUCUGGACACUCAUGACAGGUUUGAAUUAAUACUGGUAUACUAUUUACAUUUUGGUUAUUCAGUGCUUAGAGCCCAGGGGAAUGUUCUUGACCUGUUGUAAAAAAGGAAUUGUGUAGAAAAGCCCCUUUUUCAUUUUUUUUUAUUUUUAUUUCUUUACUGAAUAACCCGUAUUGUGUAUGAGUAAUGUGUACAUUUUCAUGUAUGUAGAGUGAAUUUCAAAUUUUAAACCAAAUUAGCCAAAAUGAACGUGUAAUUAACAAAAAAACUGUGAGUUCUAUAUACUUUUAGGCUCCUGGUGUGCUGGUCUCACCUCAUCUGAUUGAUGUUAUUACUGAUCAUGUCAUCCAAUGCUUCUGCAAAGGGAACAAUUGGGGAGCUAAUGCGCAUGCACUCAUCAUAGCGACGCAUUGCAGGAUUGCACGAGAAGUGGCCUUGGGGACGAAUGUUGACAUCGCUACAUUAAGCUCUGGUGCUUAGAGUGUCCCUUAUUUAAAUAAUUCACCAUUCAGUAUAAAAUUCAUAGAGCAUUUGAACUGAUGAGGUAUUAAAAUGCCCAAAUAAAUUGACAGCAUCAACUACUAACAUUGCAAACUACACUGGGCUUAUUCCUACGUUUUAACAACAUUUGGGUUAUCUGAAUAAAGAAUGUAUAUAAUAGUGUAGAUUGAUCUGAUUUUAAUUUGGAAAUUAACGCUAGUGUGUCUUUUGGUUUGAGGUUUUUUCUAUAUAUUUAUCCCCGUAAGCACUUCUGUUACAUACUGGUAAUUGUUAACCAGGAGGCAAAAGUAUAUAUAAACUCAGUUUAUCUUUGCACCAAAUGUGGUAAGUGCAUAUUCUUUAUGCAAAUAUUUUUUAUCAUAAUUCCAUUAUUCCUUGUGUCUGAAAAAAACACUUGUUUUUUCUCAACUGAAGUAUGUCCAAUAAGUUUGUUUGAAGUCAAAUAGAAGUCAUAGGAAAUUUAAGCUGCUAAGCGUUAAACAGAGCCUUUAAUAAGGGGCCUUUUUUAUAUGGCAGCUGUUACAUCACAAUACAAUUCUGUUAAACAUUUAAUAGCUAAAAGUAAUAGCUACUUUUAUGUGCUGCAUUGAUUAAAAACUCGGAAAUAUCACUUCCCCACGAUCAAUGGGAAUACCAUUUUAAUAAGUAUGCAUUGUGUGUAAUCUCCAGUAAAUUAAUUAGAAAUGGCUUUAAAAAAAAAAAAAAAAAAAACAGGAAUUCCAGAAUGUAACAAAAACAUGUUUAAUAAAACCACAGAAUUUAAUUUCCAAUGCUAUAAAUAUUUUGAUUAAGUAGCGUUAUAGCUACAUUUAUAAUACGGUGUCAUGUUCUAUUACAAAUAUACACAUUGCAAUGCUGUAUCACCUUAAUCAAUUUGUUUAUGCAAUCGUUAACAGGCUAAGAGCAAUUUAAUAAUUUAACAGGUAUCUUGUUCAUUUGCAUUUAAAGAACAAAACCAUAGAUCCCAAUCAGGAGAAAGAACACUUUCUAAAAAUUCAGAUUAUUGUCUAUAAGAAAAUUAGGUAUAUAAACUUUGGCUUCUCAAUUCCCAUCAAAGAUUUGUUUUCCUUUGCACAGAUAAUGAUAGUGAUGUUGGCAUGUGAAAAGUAACCUAACUUGUUACCCUGUUCCACAUACACCUUACAAUACUACCCAAAGUGUUUCCCAUGUACUUUCCAUAAGAUCACAUAAUAAGCAGGGAGAUGGGUUGUGAGAUAAGACACCACAACACUUGAAGUCAAACAGUGCCUGUAAUAGUGGUCUUUAAAAGGUCAACAAGACAGAGUUAUUUACUAGAGUUAGAACUGCCAGGAAUUCAACGUAAAUUUCAAAUUUAAGUGCUAAAUGGAAACAUUGUUGGCUUGGUGAAUUUAUUCAUUUCAGCUAUUAUGAAACUGAAAUUCACUUUGCCAUUUUAGUGAAUAAUUAUGAUUGCGUUACUAACAGUGUUAUUCAUAGAUGUGUGAAUUGUGAGAAUGCAAGAGAAUUUAAAAGUUUAGGCCCGGGUGGUUGAAAUGGAAAAAAAUUCUGUUAAGCUAUUUUGUAAAUAUUUGCAACAUUACAAGAACAGUAAUGUGACCCAAAUGGGUGAAAAAAAGCCAGAUAUAUCACUUUUCAGUGCUAAUAUGGUACUUCAAAAAUUUUAGUUCCUGGCUACCAAGUUGCGUAAUGUUGCCCAGUCAUAUUGAUCACAUUUAUUCUAAAUUCUACUUUAAAGGCAAAAUGCUGUUUCUCUGGUGUACAAGUACCGUCAUACUUCAUAUUCAACCAAAUCAUUAGUGACAGCAUUGCAUAACAUUUUAACAGAUUAUUUGUACAAGAGCAGAAAGAGUUUAACAUUAAUACACUGGUAAUAAAACCGUCAACGCAUCCCUACCUUUAUAAUAAGGAGAGAAAAACCAUUUGUAUACAGUUUGCAGAACUCCAGUUAUUUAAAAUUACUUCUAUUAAAGAUAGAUGGGAAUGGAUAAAUCCGGUUGCAUCAUUUACUCUUGCCUGCAAAUUACAAGCAAAUAACCACAUUGUUUUGUUUUUAAACCAUUAUGCAAAAAUGACCAUUAUCUAGUAUAUUUCACAUUCAAAAGGCAAUUUUGUAACAAUUAUUUUAAACACCGCAUCUGCUGCUUAAAGCAGGGCUGUCCAACCUGCGGCCCCCCAUAUGUUCCUGAACUACAGCUCCCAUGAUUCCCUGGCUGUUUCAUUAAAAGAAUCAUGGGAGUUGUAGUUCAGCAACAUCUGGAGGGCCGCAGGUUGGACAGGCCUGCUAUAAAGGAAUACGAUAACUCUGAUGACUAAUACGACUGAAAACAACAAUUAGUUAUGGUACCAUCCAGAACGGGGACUGAGACGACUGCCAAGUGAUCCAGGUGAGAUAUUCUAAAGUUGUAAUUUCCUGACACAGAUAUAAUUGAAGGCCAGAUCUGCCUAGCAAAAGCCUCCAAGACAACUGAGCAUUGGAUCUUUUGUUUCUGGAAGCCAUAUGGCAACAAAUGUGUAGGACUCUUUCGGUUUACCUAAAGCACCCCUCAUUUGACGUAGAGGGAAACAAGUAAAGUGUCCUUCAUGACAUCUCAGGGUUGCAUCUGAGAUUUCUUUUCCUGCAACUAGAGAUGAUCUCACAUCUGUCAACAUUGCUCUUCAUUUAGCAAGGAGCUUGCAGUAGUGUUGGGCAGACUCACACUUAUUAAAAAGGUGAUAGAACUCUGUGUCCAUACUAUGGAGGUCAGGCCGAGAUGGGAAGAAAAGACAUGGUAAGACGGAUGCGGAAAAAAUGUCAGCAGACUUUUUGCUGCUGUGUUCCAACAUAAACAGUCCAAAACUAUUUUUCUAGGACUCUUGAUUAACAAAGCACCUAAGGUCUCGCCCUCAGUAACUAGUGAUGCAAAUUUCAGAAUGUAUAAGACAAGACCAAUUUCUUGUCUGCACUGAGAGGCGAACACCGGCUAUAAUUUCCAAAAACGUAAACUCACUCUCUUUCCUGUCUUGUCCAAUAGUAAGAAUGUCUUGCAGAGAACUCCUUUCCCUCUUACACAAUUGCUUUUGUCUCAACAUGAUGGUAAAGUGGUAAAUGUUAGGACAACAAAUUCCCUCAAACCCCCAAAUGAAUUCUACAAUCACUACAAAGGAUUUCCCUUUAAUUAACAAAUCCAGCAGUGCAUAGGUCAUCUAGUAUAGGUAGCAGCUCACUUUGAUAUAAGUAAAAGCCACACUUACUUUACUAGCCAAUACAAUAGCUGUACAGUUGUAAUGGCUUCCAGUUCUUAAUUAAAGUGAUAAUAUGACGUGUGUAGUAUAAAUACAUUACUUUUGUAUAACAGAGGGUAAAAUUAAAAAUGUUAUGAUGCAGAGUCAAGAGUGAAAUCUAAAGUGGAUGCAUGAGCCUUUCAAAAAUAUUUAAGAAAUUAAACAAAAAAUGCUCUUUGCUUUGUGAUGCCCACUUUUUAUUUUUAUUUUUUUACUUUUUUUAAGGUGGGAUGCUUACGUAAAAAGCACCUUGCACGUCACUGCAGCUCUGCAAUAUAUAUUUUCAAGAAACAUACUCCCUUAAAGUUGAGGUCUGGCCACCCUCCUCUGGCUGAAAACGGUAGGGUUUUUUAUUUUUUAAUCAAGCAGUUAAGCUUUUUUUUAGUGCACUUACUCUUCAGUUCUAUUUAUUAUGGCUGUAUAAAUCAAUUUUCAUGUGAGCUCAUUUUACUCCAGCUCCAUCAUUAUGAUUGUGUUCAUUAGAGCAGACUGUUGUGUGGGAAACAGAUACAUACAUUGUAAUGAGGGGGUAGAGAUUGACAGUCAGCUGUAUGUCAAUGGAAUAGUUAUGUGUGCUUGUGUGCUUAAGAAGGGAUUCUAAAGGCACAAUAAUGUCCUUUAUUGGUAUCAGGUAGGCAAUAUGGCCUUAGACAACAAUAAAGUUUGAUUCUUUCCUAGAGCACAUGACCAGAUCUAAUUUGGAAUACCAGUUAAGACUGCCUAUCUCCUCCCAUUUCCCUGGCCAAUGCAAUGAUCCUUCCCCUGUCACCAUGAUUUCUGAGAAGGUUACUGAAGAUUGGAUGUAGGAGGAGCAUCUAGCAGGAGCUAGAUGCUUUAUAACAUUCCUGCAGUACGAUUUAUUAAUUAACCAAUAUAACAUUUCAGCGGAUCCACCUAUUUCAUAAGUAUGAAUAGUGGAGAUUCCAAAAGUCAGUUUUGUUUUCUAUUUGGUAAUAGUAUAUUUUCUUCUUCUAACAACGUAAUAGGAUCACUGGAUGACUUUUUGAACAAACUCCACUUUAAAAAAAACAACAAAACUUUAAAUUCCUUAAUACCGUGCCAUCUGUAUCCUAAAUAACUAAAAGACAGCAUUUAAUGUAAUUCAACUGAGUGUAUUUAUUAUCUUACUCCACAAAAAAAACAUUUGAGCUUUCUACUAUAUGGCAGAUGCAUACCUUCUCUGUAAAUUAUACAGUGGACACAUUGUUUUGGUUCUCCAUAAUAUGUCUAGUUUCAAAAAAGUGCAGAGGAUAACAACGAUUAUUUGUGCGCAGAACCAAGAUGGAAUUCUAGGGCAGAUCUAAAUACAGUAGUUUGGAUUUCUACAUUUAAUUUAACUUUUUAGCCCUGACAAAAUACAAAUUUGUUAAACAUAUGUGAUAGGAAACACAUUAAAAAUCCUGGAAAGUGACACUUCCACUUUAAGGGAUGAACCUGUGUAUGCGGUACUUUUUAAGAACAAAAUAUAUCAGAGAUCCAGCAGGAGCAGUUUAUCAAAAAAUAUUUAGUUUUUUUGUACCAUCAAAAUAUACAAAUAUGGAACUUAAAAUGAAUAAGCUGUGAAGAAACACAAAAUUAUUCACAACUAAAAUGUACUUGGUCAUUUACAUAAUAUCUGGAAAUAAAUGAACAAAAAAAAACUGAAAAGAAUAUGUAAGGUUGGUUUUAAUGAAAGUCAACACUAUCGGCCAAUUAGGUGCUGAUGGAAAACCACUAUUAGAUGAAAAUUAUCAUCAGUGGUUAUUUCUCCCAAGAAUAAUACCACCAUGAAAUAAAAGACUUUUUGGUUUUAUAAUUUAACAGAGAAUUGAAAAUUGCAGACCAAUGUAACUAAAUUGGAAAAUGUAUCCACCUUGUUUAUUUUGGUCCAAAAUUCAGCAAUUCCCUUUCAAUUCUCUGCAGUUUGUAGUUUAGUAUAUAAACUUAAAAGGGGGAAGUGUGAGCACCUUCCCUAUGAAGAAUACUUUUAAUUUAGAAUUUAGAAACUCUUCACUUGCGAUACCAUUUAAGAAUUAUACAGAGCAAAGGAACAUUAUUGCGGAAACAGUACAUUGAGCAGAGAAAAGAGAAAGGUAGAAAAGAAGGAAGGAAGGAAGACACUCCAUUGGUUUUGAAAAUUAAAAAUUACAGUGCAUUGACAAAACCAAAAUCCAAACAGAUAUAUCACUACAGUAGUAUUUAGGUCAUAUUAAAAAAAUAACUGUAUGAAGUGUUUGACAUUGUUUGGAAAGCCACCAAAAUAGAGCGAUAACAGUCAUUUGGAUUCAACAUCACGUAGCACCUUGCAAGGUGCAUAGAACAUUAAAUUAUAGGAAACCGCAAAAUAAAAUGAGCCGAGUGCAAGGGGUAAAACUACAACUGUCCGAACAGUGGCCAUACCCUGUGCAAAAAAAAAUAAAAAAUCUACAAAUGGUGGUGAUCGUAAAACACAUGAUGUACAAAAUAAAUAUGGUCAAGGAAAGUUGCGUGUGCUUAUAAGCCAUGACUCUUGAAGAAUAAAAAAUACCCACCCAUUUUCUGUAACAAGCCUAUCGAGCGAAAGAGAACUAUACCAUAUAUUAAUUAUGGAUGCCUAUGUGUACAAAUAUACACACAAAGGUGUAAUUAAUAUAUAUAUAUAUAUAUAUAUAUAUAUAUAUAUAUAUUAAAAAUUCACUACAUAAGUAAGCGGUUUGGCUAUGCGAAAGACUCAAACCUACAUUUUGGUGGAGAAAAAAAUACUUAUAACAAAAAAAAGAGUAAUGCUUGAUCUAUAACCAGCCUUAUCAUUAAGGAGUUAAUUUCUCCAUAGAAUUGUCCACUUUCACCCAUAUUGAAGGCACCCUUUUGGAAGCUCCUUGUGUUUUCACUCCAAGUAGAGUUUCUUAGAAGACGCAGGGCAUUUAUCAAUCCCCACAACGGUUUUCUGGAUGCUCAGCUUUUAAAGGGUUCUUCAUAGUUGCUUCUUAAGUAUGAAAUUAAGAAUGCAAUAUGCGUCAUACAUCAAGAAAUAAAGAAGAUGAUGCAGUGUUGUGCUUUUGGAAACCCUCCUGGUGUCUUUCCACCUUCUUUAUGACUUCAGACACUAUCCACACAGAAGAUGUCAGUCCUAUUAAGAACAGCAGAUCU